AUAUUCGAUCGCGUAAUACUAUAAAUGAUGCGAAUGUGGAUUAUAUGUAUUCUUCCCCUCUUUAUCUUGAGAGAUCCCCUCGCCGAAAGGUGAUGAUUUCAAAGUUAUCAAAUAAUGCAAAUUUUACAAAUCUUAUUGAAGAUUUGCAAAUCAGUAGUAACCAUCUUAAGAUGGAGGAUAAAGAAUAUUUUAUGGAUUUGUUAAUUAUUUUCGAUCACCUUUCCUUUGUUGCAUGGUCAGAACAUGAACACAAAAAUAAUUUCAAGAUUUCAAAAGAAUUGAUUAUUCGCAAGACUGUUCUUAAACUAAAAGAUUCAGGCAAAUAUGAAUACAUAGUUAUUAAUAUAUUUUGCAUGCAUAAUAUUUCUAAAAUCGAAGAUAAUGACACUAUGUCAAAUUUACUGAGAUUUGCAAAUGAUAUAAUUCUGAAAUUGCAACAACUUUCUAAUUUAACGUCACGAUCAGAGCGUAUAUCGAAACGCUUACAAGAAGAUAAAAUUGGAUACUUAAAGGCUAUAAAUCGAAUUAAAGCCCGUGAGACAUUGAACUCUAUGGAAUUAUCUAAUGCAGACGAUAACCAAUUGUUAAACAAACAUGAAGAAUCUUUCGUUAUGAUAUGUCGUACUGUUCGUCAAAAUCUCAACUACGACGCUUCAUUUGCUCUUCGAAGUUUCAAUUCUGAUAUAACUUUCAGA